AUGUUGAUCUUGGAAAAUUCGUUUCUGUUUAUGACCCUGGUUUUGGUAUGUUAUGGGGUGAACAGUGUCAAAGCAGGUGAUUAUGCUAGUUCUAGUGAAGAUGAAGGUAAUGAUUAUACUCGGGACUCUAGUAGUGAGGAACAACAGAGUAUGUAUGGAGCCAGUGAAGAAUUUGGUGGCAGUAUGGGAGGUCAUGCUGGUGGAAGCAGUCAUUCGGGAGGAUACAUCUACAACAACCAUGGUGGAGGACAGGGAAGUCACGAAAUGGGAGGGUCUGGGUAUUCUGGCGGUCAACAAUAUGGUUAUCCGACUUACCAAUACGGACAACAAGGAUACGGAACACCUUACGGUCAACCACAGUAUUAUCCAUCGCAGACGUAUGGAUAUCCGACCCAGCAAUAUGGUUAUCCAUCCCAAACACAAACGUAUGGUUAUCCGACCCAAACACAAACGUAUGGUUAUCCGACCCAAACACAAACGUAUGGUUAUCCGUCUCAAACAUAUGGAUAUCCAACCCAAACGUAUGGAUACCCGACUACGGGAGUUCAAACACCGAUUUACAGCUACAACCCUUACCAAGUAUAUUCAGGUCGAAGCAACAGAAAUAUCAAUCAGAAUAACCCAAAUCAACAGAAUUCUUUUCUGAACCGUAACCCUUAUCAACAAAAUUCUCCCCUAAACCGUAACCCUUAUCAACAAUCUUCCUUAUUCAAUCAAAACGCUUAUCAACAGAAUCAAAACCAAUUCCAGUCUAGCUCUAUUCCAGGUCAAAACUACCAGAAUCAAUACCAGCAGAAUAAUGGUGGUAAUCCAGUUCAAACUCGUUACCAACAAAACGACUUAUUGAAUUUAAACCCGUAUUCUGUAUCAAACCAAAAUAACCAACAAAAUGCCAACCAACAAAACACUCUGUUUAACCCAAUUUACGGAUAUGGAACACAGACACAAAACACAGCGCCCGCCACCCAAUAUGAAUUUGUUCGACCAGAAGCGGUACCAGCAAAACCAAACGUUGCUGUUAAGUCUUCACUAAUGGAUUUCAUGCCACAACUUCAAGCAAUGCGACGACAAAAUGUUGGUUAUAUUUAUUCACGAAAGGCAAUGCCAGAAACAAAGUAA